AUGGAAGUAUCUGGGCGGAUGGUCAAGUGGGCCGUCGAGAUAUCAGAAUACGACAUCCAGUACGCUCCGCGUCCAGCAAUAAAGGCGCAAAUCCUGGCAGAUUUCAACGCGGAGGGAGUAACUCUAGAAACAGCACCGGAAGGGGUGUGGGAGGUUUAUGUAGACGGCGCGGCGAGCAAGCAUGGCGCCGGCGCAGGGGUUGUCGUGCGCACGCCCACAGGUGUUGUGCACGAAAUAGCAAUCCGAUUCAGAGCCCUGAAGACAAAUAACGCUGCUGAGUAUGAAGCCAUCUUGGCGGGAAUGGCGGCUGCCAAUUACUUGGGCGCUAGGAAAAUCAGAGUACUCUCCGACUCGUCAUUAGCGGUCAACCAACUGAAUGGAGCCUUCGAUGCCAAUCAAGAUUCACUCGCGCAUUACAUGGAGCGCGUCAAGCAGCGAGCAACUACCUUCGAGGCGGUGACGUACGUGCAAAUACCCAGGGAAGAAAACAUGCACGCUGACGCGCUAUCCAAGCUGGCAACAACAACAAACUUCGAAUCAACGGGCCUGGUGACAGUGCAAAAGGAGGAAGAAAGAAACCCACCAAGAAGCCAUGGUCAAUACCACUCAGGCUACGGAGGAUGA